AUGGCCUCUACAUCUGCAGUUUCCAUAGCUAUGCCAUUGACCCACAAGACUACUCUCCCACUAUCGAACGCCUUCUUUAACCCAUUGACACUCAAGGUUUCUUCGUCUAAGAUAGUGGCUGCACCAUCCAAACGAUUGGUGGUUCAGAGCUCUUUGAAGGAGAAGGCAGUGACGGCUUUGACCGCCGCAGCUCUAACGGCGUCGAUGGUGGUUCCUGAUGUAGCAGAGGCGGCGUCUGGUGUUACUCCGUCGCUGAAUAACUUCUUGCUCAGCAUUGGAGCUGGUGGUGCCGUGCUUGUUGCCAUUUUGGGAGCUGUGAUUGGUGUUUCCAAUUUUGAUCCUGUGAAGCGUGGCUGA